UUUGUUACGAUUAUGUCAAAUUAAUUUUAAACUUAUAAAAAUAAAUUCGUUUUAACGUAAUGGAAGUUGUGAAUAGUACACAAUUAUUACCUGGGGAUCCCCGUUUAGUUGAUCAUAUAGUUGGUGAAUUAAAAUCACAAGGUAUAUUCGACCAAUUUCGAAAAGAAUGUAUCGCUGAUGUUGAUACGAAACCAGCUUAUCAAAAUCUUCGGCAGCGUGUUGAAGGAAACGUUUCCAAUUUUUUAAGUAUGCAAAAGUGGAAAUCCGAUAUGAAUAAAAAUCAAGUUCGUGAAAUGUUACGUAAAAAUAUUCAAGAGUCUGGAUUCCUUGAGACAGGAGUUGAAAGAAUUGUAGACCAAGUUGUAAAUCCAAAAAUCAACACAACAUUCUUUCCACAAGUGGAGGAUGUAGUGUACAAAUUUUUGGGAAUGGAGAAACCUGAAAAAUCAACUUGUUACGAUAAAAAUAAAUCGAAUCUGCUUUCAAUAAAUACAACGGAUCUUCUACCAACAGAUUUGGAUCCAAUUUCGCCAGCAUCUGAUAAACCAAUUGCACAAAAUUCAAGUAUGGAUGUCGACAAAAGUGAUUUAAAAAUUGAAGAUGAAGAUGAUGAAAUGAAUGACGAUCAAAAAAUGGAUGAUAGUUUUAAAAUUGACGAAGAAGAAUCUCCACCAUUUGAACCUAUUGGAGAUACAAGUUUUACACUUAAUGAUGAAAAUACAAAUGAUUCAAAUGUUUCUGGAAUUUCUGGUUUGAGUAGUCACGCUUCUGAAUCUGAUUUAAAAACUAAAUUAGAUGUUAUAAAUCCUGACUCAAAUAGUUAUGAUAAAGUUAACCAUGUGACAAAAGUAGUUACCGAAAUUAACGAGGAAUCUAUUAAAAUGGAUGUUUCGGAAGAUAUUGAAACAGUUAAAAACGAUACGGAGCAAAAUUAUGAAAGUGUUAAUAUGGAUAUCAGCUCUUCUGAUAGCAAUGGAGAAGAAUCAGCUGAUAAUUCAAACGUUGUUGAAGUAAAAACUGAAGAAUUAUCAAUUGAAAUUAAGGAAGAUAUUACGAAUAAUAAUGAUGAUGAGGCCAUGAAUAAAACAGAUAUCAAAUUAAAUGAACAAACUUACAAUGACGUAAAGGUGGAAGUUAAUGGUACUGAAGUAUCAGAAAAACAAUCUGAAGUUGUUGAAGAAAUUAAUGAAGUUAAAGUCGAAGACAUCAAGGGAAUUGCCAGUGAAGAAAUUAAAGAAACUACAGCUGAAGAAACUAAAUUAGAAGAGACGAAAGAAAUUAAAAUUGAAUCAGAUAACAAUUCUGAAAGCAAAGAAUUGUCAGAUAAUAAAAAAUCUGAAAUCAAAGAAUUUUCAGAUAAUCCAAAAACUGAAAUCAAAGAAUUGUUAGAUAAUAAUAAAUCUGAUAGUAAAGAAUUAUCAGAUAAUAAAAAAUCUGAUAGCAAAGAAUUAUCAGAAAAUAAAAAAUCUGAAAACAAAGAAUCGUCUGAUAAAAAAUCGUCUAAAGAUCAUCGAUCCUCUGAUCGUGACAAAAAACGACAUAGUAGUAGCAGUUCUAGUCGAAAUCGUGACAAAGACAGAGACAGCCGUAGUAGUCACAGCAGCAAAGAUCGUAAAGACUAUAAAAAAGAUGACAAAAAAUACGAUAAUAAAAGUGACAAAGAUUCGUCUAAAGGAAAAGAAAAGGAUGACAAAUACGAUAGUAAAACCGAAAAAGAUUCGUCUAAAAAUAAAGAAAAGGAUGAUAAACUUAAAAAGGAUUCAAAAUCAAGUAGCUCAUCGUCAAAAGAUUCUUCACGAAAAUCGCGUGAUCAUGAUAGUAAAUCAAGUUCAUCAAAACGUGGAAGCAGUUCAAAUACAUCAUCAAGCCGUGAUCGUAAAACAUCCAGUUCAAGAGAUAGCAGUAAUCGUGAUAAAAAUAGAUCAAGUUCAUCAUCAAAGUCUAAAGAUAGGCGUGAUUCAUCUCGUGACAAUAGAGAUGAUAAAAAAUAUAAGGACAAAGAAUAUGGUGAACGAAAACAUAGUAAAGAUGAAACUGCAGAUAAAAAACGUGAUGAAUCUAAAGAUAAAAAUCGUAAUGAAUUAAAAGAUGAGUCAUUGGAUAAAAGUAAAGAUGACGUAAAAGAUAAAAGCAAAAAUGAUUCAAAAGAUAAAAAUAAGGACGAUAAUAAAGACAAAAAUAAAGAGGAUUCUAAAGAUAAAAUUAAAGAAGAUACAAAAGAUAAAAAUAAAGAUGAUGCAAAAGAUAAAAAUCGGGAUGAAAAACGUAAAUAUGAUUCAAAAUCUAAAUCAGAUAAAGAAAAAAGCAGUAGAAAUGAUUCAAACGACAAAGAAAAAUCCAAUAAAACUGAGUCAAAACACUCAACGAAAUCUUCAAUUAAUAACAAAAAAGAUUCGAAGAAAGAAAAUAGCAAUAAAAAAUCGACAAAAGAUGAUCAUUCUAGUUCUCGCGAAAAAAAUAAUGACAAUCGUCGAUCAACGGAUCGUGAUUCCAACGAUGGAUCAUCAGGAAAUUCACACAAUUCAACCGUUACAGGAAAUGCGACAAAUCAAAAAUCUACCGCAUUAUCAGAUAAUUUAAAUUCACAAUCAGGGGAAUCUGGUGAUCCAACUUCUGAUUCCACCACCGAUCAAUUAGAGGGAAAUAAUGAAAAUGUUACAAAUGCAGCGAUUAAAAGUCCAAUUAAAGUAGAUGUUACAGAAUCGACAGAAGUUUUAUUAAAUACAUCAUCAAAUGGGUUCCCUAAAACAAAGAAGCGGUCAUUUUCAGAUUUAGAUAUGCAUCAAGGACAAUUUUCAACGCAAAUUCUUGAUGGACAAAUUCAAGUGAAAUUAAAAAAACCUAAAUUUGCAUCGAAUAUAUUCGAAGCACGUCGAUUAAUGAAAAUCCGUAAGCGAUUAGAAAAAUUAGAACGUAAACGACAAAAACAGCUUAAUGAAGCUCAUCAAAUCGAAUGUAGUUUAAGUCCCGAUGCCAAUUCUUUAGAUUCGAUUGCUAACGGAAGUAUUUCAUCUAGUGAUGAAUUAGAAAAUGAUAAUUCUUCAAUUGCUUCAACUGAACUAGAAAUUUCAAAUAGUUCACAAGUGGAAAGUGAUAUUCCAAAGCCAGAAGAAAACAAAAAGUCACAAACUCUUUCACCAAAAGAAGCAAACAAAUCGCCAACUGUUUCACCAAAACAUGUAAAUAAAUCACCAACUGAUUCACCAAAACAUACAAAUAAAUCAUUAAUUGAUUCACUAAAACAUACAAAUAAACCAUCAAAUGAUUCACCAAAACAUACAAAUAAACCAUCAUCUGAUUCACCAAAACAUACAAAUAAAUUACCAACUGAUUCACCAAAAACUACAAAUAAAUCACCAACUGAUUUACCAAAACAUACAAAUGAAUCAUCAACUGAUUCGCCAAAACAUACAAAGAAAUCACCAAAUGUUUCACCAAAACAUACAAAUAAAUUACCAACUGUUGUUACACCAAAAGAAGAUGCUGUUAAUAAGAGUGAUUGUAAAGAAACCACUUCAAAACCAACUACUGAAUCGCCGAAUAUAGUUUAUUCCAGCGAUGGGGAAGAUUGUUUAUAUUUAAGUCCGAAGGCAAGUCCAACUGCCGAACGUUUCUUAAAAGAAAUUGCUACAUUUAAAAAACGUGGUCCAAUUAUCUCAGAAACUGAUGAUACCGGUAGUGAUAUAUCAGAUAAUUCUUUGAAUACUCGAGGUUCAUUACGACGAUCAAGGAAACCAAACAUGAGAUAUUUAUCAAAAGAUUAUACAUCAGAAAUAGAAUUAGACACAGCUGAAACUAGUGUUGAAAAGGAGGAAGAAAAAGAUGAAAAAAGUGUUAAAAUUACUAGAAGUUCAAAACGUAAAGCCAAUUUAGACGAAUCAGCUGAUGUUGAAACAAAUGAAAAUAAUAAUGUCAAAGCAGCAAAAUUGCAAUGUCAAGUAAAUCUCAUUGAAAUGGAUAUAUCUAACAAAAGCACACCACCUGCAACUCCUAUCGCUGAUCAAGAAAUAAAACCCUUGAAGAAGGGCACAAAAGCACGAAAAGCCAAGAAAAGUAUUACCACAGUAAAUGAAUCAUUUGUAUUGCCAUUGAGUCCAGAAAGUGAUGCAUCCAACACUCCAAUUCCUGAUACAAAAACGAACAUUUCGCGAAAAGAAUCCAAAGACGAAAAUAAAGAAGACAAAUCCAAAGUACAAAAAGUAGAUAAACAAGCUUUGAAAGCAGCAAAAGCAGCCACACAACGAUAUUCAAGUGAUGAUUUGUACAAACCACGACCAGUAAUUGGUACCACACGACGUAGUCGAGCUGCUCAUAAUAAUUCAUUAACAUAGUGUUAAGUAUAUGUUUUGUAUAUAAAUGUUAUAAAAUGUUAUUACGAGAGACAAUUGUGGCCAUUUAUAAUUUUUAUAAAUUUAUAUAAUAUUACGUUACCAAUUACUUAACUGUAAUUUUUUGUAGGACACAGGUUUUAUUUUACUUUUAGUUU